AUGUCUAUUUUUCCUUCUCCUUCUGUUGGUACAUCCUUGACAACCUUGACCCCUCAGGGGCUCGCCUACUAUAGAGGAGUAAUUUCUCAACCAGGUCUUAAAAAGCAUUCUGAAUCUGAGCUUGUACAUGAGUUAUCAGAUCAAAAGGUUUGCGCAGCUCGACGAAUUAAUAUCAAACGUGAUGGCAAAUUAAUUCCCACACAGCAUGUUAUUCUCACCUUUUCUACUCCUGAGUUACCAAAAUCCAUUAAAGCAGGCUAUUUGAGAUGUCCGAUAAAACCUUACAUUCCUAACCCGAUACGAUGUUUCAAUUGUCAAAAAUUUGGUCAUUCACAGCAUGCCUAUAAGAGCCCAACAAUAUGUGCUAAAUGCUCUAUGCCCGGACAUGAUUCCUCUGACUGCAUUUCUGGUGACUUUAAAUGCAAAAAUUGUCAGGGAGAUCAUCCAGCAUUUUCAAAAUCUUGCCCUCAGUGGAUUUUACAGAAAGAAAUACAAACAACAAAAGUUCGAAAAAACAUCUCAUUUGCCGAAGCUAGGAAACUAGUCACCGAUCGCACCCCUAAACCAGGACUUGCUUAUUCAUCCGUUUUAAAACAAUGCGCACAUUGUGGUUUCAUAGCAAAUUCUUCAAAUAAUACAGGGAAAAAAUCAUUGCAACCAGCAAUAUCAUCAGCUUCUACGUCUUCUGAUAAUCCUUUACAAAUAGAAAAAGAGCCGUCAACUUCUGUGAAAACAAUUUCUGUAACAUCACCUUCUCAGAAAAAUAAACCCCAAUCUCUUCAGCAAAAACUAACCAUAAAUAUACCAAAUCACAAGAAUAACUCCAAUGUCAAAACACGAGAACCUAUAAAAGAAACUAAGGCAGCUAAAAGAGCUCGUCUUGCUGCAUUAAAGAAAAAUAAAGAUUUUCAAAAUCGAACAGUAUCUAAAGAUGAUUUUUUGAAGAAAACGAGAAAGGCAACAAAACACCCACCAAAUAUUGACCCACCGCUUGAUAUUCAUCCAUCGGAUGAUGAUAUUCUGUCUACAGCUAGCGAGACAGAUCUUCUCCAAAAAGUUCCUGAGCUUGCUGUUCUUUUCCUUCCUUUUGCUUUUCAGCAUGGCAAGCUUUGUUUCUUGGAAUUGUCGUGGUAUUAA